ACGCCUUCCCUGACUCACUCAUCAACGGCACGACCAUGCGAUACUACUUGAUUUCUCGCGCCCGGUUGGCGGCCGCCGUCUUUAUCGCCCUCGUCUCUCAUGGUGUUCUGUCCAACGGGCAGUCGGCCGAUGGUGAAUCAGAUAAAAACGUGGUCAACGUCGAUGUUUAUUAUGAAUCGUUAUGCAGUGAUAGCAUGCGAUGGAUCGUAAAUCAGCUUUUGCCGUCGUAUCCGGAAUUGAAGCGUCAUGUUCACAUCACGUUGGUACCCUACGGUAAGGCUACGCAUACGCGCGAUACCGAAACCGGUCCGUGGCAGUUCUUGUGUCAACACGGGCCCGCCGAGUGCCGUGGGAAUAAGGCCCAGGCUUGCGCGAUUCACUCCAUACGGUCCUCCGAGGCGGCCGAGAAUCAGCAGCCGCUGACGGUCAGUCUGGUCGGUUGUGCAAUGUCCGCUGGAAACCCGGCGACCGCCGUCCCGCAGUGCGCUCGAGAUGUUGGCCUGAGCGAAGAAACGCGAAAAUUGAUCGACGACUGCAUCGCGAGUCCGCUGGCGGACGAUUUGCUUGCGGCGAACGGCAACAAAACGGAGGCCCUCGAGCCUCCCUUGAAAUUCGUACCGACAAUAGUAAUUAACAAGGUGUACUCGAAGGAAAAUCAGGACGAAGCGAUGAGAAGCUUCUCAGGACUGAUCUGUCGGCAUUUAACGGCAGAGGGGAAGCCGAGUGUCUGCAGCAGCGAGAAUUAAAAGGAAGAUCGAAGAAAAGGAAUAAACCGAGUCGCGCGUUGAAGGUGCGGGGAUGAAUAAUCGCUCGGUCGAAAUAAAUGAUAUAUAUUUUGUUCGUCUAUAAUAUACAUAAUAUACAUGCAUACGAUUCGAACUAUAAUAUACAUAAGAUAAAUUGGAAUAAUACAUUUUAAAGUGUAGCAAUAUUUAUUUUGGAUUGUCACCGAGAGAAAUUAGAAAGUUAGCAUAUCAAUAUGCUAUAGCUAUUAAAGCAAACAUCCCUGAAAGUUGGACUAAAAAUCAAAAAGCCGGAGAAGAUUGGUUCAGUUUUAUGAAACGUCACAGCAUAUUAAGUUUAAGAACACCUGAAGCAACAAGUUUAACUAGAGCUACCAGCUUUAAUCGCAAUAAUGUUGAAUUGUUUUUUAAUAAUUUGACAAAUGUUAUGACACGUUUUGAAGUGCAAUCGCAUGAUAUAUGGAACAUGGAUGAAACUGGAGUAUUUACGGUACAAAAACCAAAUAAAGUAGUAGCAAGACGUGGUAGAAAAC